AUGAGUACGAAGAUGUGGGAAGUCGACCCGGAGACGAGGAGCAAGUUGUUGGAGAUCCAGAAGACCAACGAGAACAACAAAUGCGUCGAUUGCGCCGCUCCCUCUCCCCAAUGGAUAAGUCCGAAAUUCGGCAUCUUCUUCUGCCUCGCCUGUUCCGGCAUCCACCGCAGCCUCGGCGUGCACAUCUCCUUCGUCCGCUCCGCCACCAUGGACGCCCUCAAGACCGGCGAAGUCCGGCGCAUGGAGCUCGGCGGGAACAAGCCGUGGAAGAGCUUCUUCAACGCCCACGCCUCCAACAAACUCACCGGCCGCGACUUCGAGUCUUGCACGAUUGCGGAACGUUACGACAGUGAAGCGGGCGAGGAGUGGAAGGAACGGCUCACGGCCAAGGUGGAGGGGACGGAGUAUGUCCCGGGUGCUUCGAAGCCAGCACGGACGGUACCAAAGCCAGCGACGGUAGAGGAUAGCAAUACCCCCACCGGUUCCGGCAGGAACACGCCCUUAUCCCGCCCAACCCAACGCCCCGUGAGCCCCUCCCAAAAAUCCCGCAAUGAAGCCUACUUCGCCCGCAUGGGCGCCGACAACGCCAACCGCCCGGACAACCUCGCCCCGAACCAAGGAGGGAAGUACUCCGGCUUCGGCUCCGCACCACCACCCCCCACCACCUCCAACUCCUCCUCCUCCUCCAACGUACCGGCGCUGGACGACUUCCAAAAAGACCCCGUCGCCGCGCUGACAAAGGGUUUCGGCUGGCUCUCCAGCACCGUCUCCAAACAAGCCGCCAGCGUGAAUAAAGCGUACAUUCAGCCCGGGGUCAAGAGUCUGCAGGAGGGGGAGUUGGCGGCGCAGGCGCAGAGGUUGGGCCAGCAGGGGUGGAGUAGUGUGCAGCAGGGGACCAAGGGAUUGGGGGAGCAGCUGAAUCGGUUUGUGGACCCCGAGGCGGCGGGGGCGGGGGGGAAGGGUGGUGCGGCGUCUGGUGUGGGUGUGGGUGCUGGGAGAGGAGGAGGGAGGGUACAGCCAGAGCAGAGGGAUUUUUGGGAUAGUUUUGGGCAGGCGCCUGCGGGGCCGCCAAAGGAGAAGAAGGAGUUUUGGGAUGAUUUUGCCGGGGCGGCGGAGACGGCGCAGCAGAGUAAGACUUCCGCUUCGAAGCCGUCGGCGAUUGGGACGAGUGCUAUGAAGACUGGUAGUCCCGGCGGUGGAGGAGGCGGGAGCGGUGGUGGUGCCAGUGGGAAGAAGGAAGACGGCGAUGCCGGGUGGAAGGAUUGGUGA